AUGAGUAUAACAACUAAUUCAUUGAAAUCUUUAAAGUUCACUAAUUCAGAAUUAGAAAAUAUUUUAGAAAAUUUUGGAGACGGUUCUUAUCCAACAUAUAUGCAGAAUGUGAAAGAGUUUUCCAGAUUGUUGAAUGAAUUUAAAUAUAACGGACCAAUUACUAAAAAGGCUAUAAUGAGAUAUUUAUAUCCCAAAAAAGUUGAAAAACAGGAGAAUAUUCCUCUUUAUGGUCCAGAGGACCUGGGCUCAGAGAGCCUUGAAACACCUCCUGAAUAUUUUGAAGAAAAAAUUAAACAAGAUGAAUAUUAUAACGAUGAGAUUGAGAAAUUGGAACAAUUAAGAGAUGAAAUAGAUGAAAAAAUUAAAGAAUUAAGAAAUGCUGAAAAUGAAGUAGAGGAUUUAAUGAAUAUCCCAGCUUCAGAAUCAGAAGUUCAAAAAUCACAUGAGGAAAGAUAUAAAAAUUACUUUUUGGAAUCUACUAAAAAUUUAUUAGAUGGUGAUAUUGACGAAACACUUUCAGAAGAAGGCACAAAAUUUAUUCAUAAACAUAAGUUACAAUUUAUUGACGAUGGAGAUUAUCCAUGUAUAUUACUUUCACCUCCUCUUGAUUCUGAAAAAUUCAAAAAAGCACUGA